GCAGCGCUGAGCUUGAUUUCCAUUAGUCACCGCCGUCCGUCGCACCGGAGUUGAAGGCGCUAGACAAUCGAAGAUAUGUAUAGAAGGAAUUAAUCGUUUUUACGUGCAAAUGAUACCUAUCAAGGAAUGGUUCGUGGCCGAGGGUCGGAGAGUUGUCACCGGUUAGGUAGUGUUUGUGGAUUUCCAAUCGUCGAAAUACCCCUCGUGUGAGAACGUAACGGCCUUGCAGAUUUUCGUAUAUCUUCUCUUAUAUCGAUCAGGCAGAGCGUAUCAUAUCGAUUCAUAAAUUUAAUGAGUUCUUCGUGGCAAGCGACCCAAGCUGACGAGCUCCCAGGCUUAAACUACAUUUAUGGUGCAGUCAUUUUCCAUGAUCAGUAUUUCAACUUCAAUGGUUGAUCCCUUCAUGUUAUCUCUCCCAAUAGUUGCACUAGUAACACUUUGGGUGUAUGACUACAUACUAUGCCUACCCGACGCGAUCACUUUUCUCGCCGACUCUCGAUGGGGGCUCAGCACAUUUAUGUAUCUAGCUUGCAGCCAUUUGCCACUUGCCUUCAUGUUACUGAAUAUGCUUGUUUUUCAGCCUGAUACCCCAGUCCAUCUUUGCCGCUCUUAUAACAUCGCUAAUACCUAUGUAGGGAUAGUGACGAUGAUUGGUGCUGAGUGCAUCUUCAUGGUCAGGGCAUAUGCAGUAUGGAACCGGGGGAGAUGGUUCGCGGCGGUGCAGAUUUUUACCCUUAUUGCCUAUUUAACGCCAAUUACUAUCAGCCUGCAACAAUUUAACUCAAGAGUCGCAGAACCAUGCUGGAUCCCUGGCGUUAGCGGAUAUCUUGAUACCGACACAAGCAUCAGAAUAUAUGUAGCGUUUGGCUUGCUAGCUAUGGCCGAGAUACAAACAUUAUUGCUUCUGCUGUAUCGCGUCAGCAAAAGUCGCGGUGGCUGGGGCAUCGACAACCGUCUUAUGCGUGGUCUCAUGAAAGAUAAUCUGCUGUACUGCGGCAGCGGCUUUGCCUUUUCUCUCGGCAUCAUUCUCACAACAAAUUUCUUUCCAUUUCCAGUUGGACACAUGGUUGCAGAGUGUCAGAUUGUCGUUCAAGCGCUCUUGGUCACGCGAAUGCAUAGGGGCUUCUGGAGAUCGGACCGUGCCUUUGGCAGCAUUUCCACAGAUAUCUCUCUCUCAACGUGGAUGAUGGGAGCUCUAGAUUUUACGUGACGGUGUGCUCCCUCCGCCAAAUCAUCAUGAUCGUGCAGCUGACACUGGAGCGAUGAAGAGACAAAUUUGCUGCUUGGAGUGUACCUACCCGUAACUUAUGGAUGUGACCAUUGCACAGGCUCUCA